GUACUCGUAAACAAAGAUCAGCUGUUGAGUUCAGCUGGUCGCCCUCACGCCCCUCGCCCCUCACCAACUGCUGCUGCUUGCCCACACAUGUAGUCCUAGGGAGUGAAGCUUAACUAGGGAUAUUACACCGUUAGGUCAGAGUACACAGGCCAUCAUGACAAUCUACAACUUGUACAUAUUUGACCGUGAUGGCCAGAUGCUCUACUAUGGGGAGUGGACCCGCAAGAAACAGUCUGGCAUGUCUCGGGAGGAGGAAGCAAAACUGAUGUAUGGGAUGAUAUUCUCCAUUAAAUCAUUUGUUACAAAGAUGUCUCCAGUGGACUUACGAGAAGGUUACCUCACCUACUGCACCAACAAGUACCCCGCCCUUCACCUCUUUGAGACGCCUUCACGGAUCAAGUUUGUCCUAAACACUGAUGUGGGAGCGCAGGGCAUCAAGGAACUCCUGCACCAGAUAUACACACAGGUGUACGUGGAGUAUGUGUCUUUCAACCCCAUGUGUCCGCUCAACAAGCCCAUUGAGAGUGAGCUGUUCGCCGCCAAGCUGGAUGAGGUGGUGCGACAGAGUCCAGCGUAUGCAUCUCGGCCAGCCUGAGGUGCCCUGGCAACACCCCAGCAGUGCCCGGGAGCAAGGCUGGACAGUGUGCUUGUGGGUCUUUGGUUACUAGAGGCUGGUGCAUGAGGUGUCUUGUGUUAGGGUGUGAUUGGAUAGUUUUGUUGUCAGUGAAGAGUGCUUGAUGGACUGGGUUUUGGUGUGAUUGAGAGCUACAUUCCUGGGCAUAAUGUUGUCAUGUCUCUUAAAUUUGACAGGCUGUAGUGGAGGUUGUUGGGGUUUUCAGGGAUGUUUUUGUAAUUCUAGUGAUGGCCCAACAAAGCUUAGUAAUGUCAUAGCAAACAUUAUAACUUAACUAUUUAAAAAGGUAAAUAUUGUAUUGCAGUUAGCAAGAAUUUGUACAUGAUGGUAAUUGAGAGUGUUUUGUGUUAGUCUGUGCAUCGGGCAAAAUAUUGUUUCCAGAUAUACAUAAAAAAUGAUAAUGUUAGAGUUCUUGAUGAGAUGUGCCCUAAAUAAGCUACAAAUGGGAAUGGUAACUUCCAUUGGCUUCUGAAAGUAGCCAAGAGACUCAUGAUACACAUAAUGGAGGUGGUGUUGACAAGAAACUCCCAAACACUAUGACACAGACACUGAAGAUGAUUGAAAGUUAUACAGAUAAAUAUAUAAAUCAUAAUUACUGCUUCUAAUUUACAUCUUUUUCAUAGAUAGUGCUGGCUGUAAAUUACUUUUGCCAACAGUGACUGAAAACAAUUAAGAAAGAUAUGAUGUAGUGAUGAAUGAAUUGUUGAAGAGA